AUGCCUAACGUUCUCGUACUCGGUGCCACGGGGUACCUAGGACUGGCUGUUGCCAAUGAACUCAUUCGAUCUGGAAACUACCAUGUCUGGGGCCAUACCCGCUCAGUCGCCAAAGCCAAACUGCUUGAGCAAAAUGAGAUCAUCCCGGCCACCGGAGAUAUCACCGAUCCAUUCGUCCUCAUUGAAAUCAUCUCCUCUUGCCGCAUCCAUGUCGUGGUCGACGCGACCUCUACCGUCGACGAGGAAGCAAGGAAGAUCAUGGAGGCCGUUCUCCGCGUUGGUAAAUUUCAGCAAGCUGUUCUCACUGAGAUGGAAACAAGUGGGCCAAAGCUUGGGUAUGUCUACGUCUCUCGUGCAGGUGUACACGCCGUGCCAAAACUUCCUACUUUCAGCAAGGCACAUUCAGACGACUCGGUGCAACUUCAAACAAUCAAGGCCGCCCCUCGACGCCCUGACAUCGAAAACACGAUUUUGCUGGCCCGAAGCAUACUCGACGUUGCUAUCAUCCGACCUCAUCUCAUCUACGGAUACGCAUCUCCCAUUCUGGGACAGCUAUGGAAGAAUCUCGUGGAUGCCGAUUCACGAAGCACUACCCCCAUCGAAAUCCCUGCCGAAGCAAGUCUUCAUGCUGGAGUGGUUCACCUAGAAGAUGUCGCCACGGCCUUCUAUAUUGUGAUUGAUCGCAUUCAUGGCCAGCUGAGCUCCUGGCCCGUGUUUGAUCUAUGGACAGAGUCGGUACGCGUGGAGGAUAUGAUGGAAGCCACCAAAAUGGUGCUGGGAUUGAACAUGCCUUUGACCUAUGUUUGCAACGCCAACUACCGCGCUUUCGACACCUGGGUGUUGGAGAAUAUUUCCGAUGUCUCUACAGCAAAGAGCGUUCUCGGUUGGAGCCCGAAGAGGGUGAACCUUUUGGCAGACAUGCGAAUGAAUCUUCGAGCAUACAUCGCUGCCCAGAGCGAGGAGAUUCGGGGCGAAUAA